CCGGCGGGCCGGGCGGAGGCGUUUACUGGAGUCGGGAUAAGGUAUGUGACAGUGGAUUAAUGUAAAAUGGUUGAUGCUGGUACUGUCCCCAGUCUUUCACUCAAGACAAGGACAUUGGACCUGUUUAUGAAUCACCUCCUGAGUCACUGCAAUUUUCAGUCUGGCUGAUUAAGGAAUGUCUACAAAAGGAAAUUUAAGAACAAGGUGUUUGCCGAAAUAUCAAAAAAGUAAAACUGAGCUAAAGGUGCCUGUAGCUAUUGCUUCUGUUUCCAUGGAUCCUGUUAGAAGCACAGAAGAUCUGACAGGGCAGCAGGUCACUAAUGAAGGAGGAAUGAAGAGUGCUUCUUUAAAGGAUUUGUGUCCUGAGGACAAGAGACGCAUUGCAAACUUAAUUAAAGAACUUGCCAGAGUAAGUGAAGAAAAGGAGGUGACAGAAGAACGGCUGAAAGCUGAACAGGAGUCAUUUGAGAAGAAGAUCAGACAGCUAGAGGAACAGAAUGAACUUAUCAUCAAGGAAAGGGAAGCUCUGCAGCAGCAGUACAGAGAAUGCCAGGAACUUUUGAGCCUUUAUCAGAAGUACCUAGCUGAGCAGCAGGAAAAACUAUCGCUCUCCCUUUCUGAACUCAGUGCUACCAAAGAAAAGGAGCAGAAGGUAUCCAGUAAGAAGAGCUCAUGCCAGCCAUCAUCUUUGGAGCUAGAUGGUUCCUACUUGGGUAUUGGGGGAUCUCAAACUUUUUAUAAGAACAGUAGAGCAUCAAAGGCUGGAAGCCCUGCCCGUGUUGCAUUGUCUCAGCCGUGCAGGAAUAAUCACGAUCAUGGGACUGAAAUCCAUUACAACCAUCAGGAGUGUCUGAAGGAAUACCUGGUAGAAAAUGGAUUGCACAGAAAGUGUAACAAUAUGAUUUCCCCAGCCAAGCAGAGGACCCUUCAUCAUGUAAAACCAGCUCAGGAGAUGGACCAGAAAGCAAAUGAAUUUCAGAGCACAUGCCCUCAACAAGUGAGUCAUGGUUGUGCCUGCAGGCAUGUAGGGAGCUCAGGGAGCAUGCAAGAGAGCCACCAUGUCAACCAGGUACUUAAAAGACACUCUGGGCCAGUUCACAAACCCUGUGAUUAUUCUACGUGCUCUCGAGUUUCUGGGCUGAAUGAUAGUGUGGACUCAGGGCCUACAGAAACAGAGCAGGCUAAAAGGUUGUAUGAAGAAAGAAGGCAGAAGCUGCUUCUGCAGAGAAUGGAGCUGGAAAUUGAAAAGGAACGACUCCAGAAUUUAUUGGCUAAGCAAGAAGCAAAACUGCUCCUAAAACAACAGCAACUACAGCAAUCCUGUAUGGAUUAUAACAGGUUUAGGGGCCAUGUACCUGAUUCAGAAGAUGUGCCCAUUGAUGAAGCACCUGGAGAACUUGCUCUGAUGAUGAACGGCAACAAUGUGGGGCUAAGUGUACCGGUGUUGAAACAUGAAGAUUAUUUUCCGAGGACACCUCCAGUGAGCAAAACCUCCAGAACACCAGGGAGAAGUGAUGGGAGCAGUUCAGGGAAGAAAAUGGUUGGUUUUGGUGCAAACGUGGAAGAUAGGCGAACCCUUCUGAUGCAAACCAAGAGGGAAGGUACCAAGUCAAGGAAAGGGGCGACUUCAGGACCUAGGAAAGAUGCAGGCACGUCUCUUGUGCUGGUAGGCAGCAGCAAAGAGCUUGCAACCACAGCCACAUCACCACUCCAGCAUGACUCUACACGGUACGAAGCCUGUCUUCUUGAUCUGGUUGAAGCUAUGAGUCCAAUAUCUGCCUCAGGACACCUCUGCAGAGAAUCUUGUGACAGGAACAAAAUGCACAUGCCUCGUCAUGUGAGCCACAGGGCGUCAUCUUGGUACCAGACCCCUUGCAGCUCCAGAAGCAGAGCAGAUGAGCUGGAGGAGAGCCGGCUCCUCGAAGAGAUUUUCUUCAUUUGACAUGCCUCACUGGUCUACAGCCCUUCUGUAGAAUUUUUAGGACCUUUUUGUUGCUGAUUUGUUUGUGUUAAAGUACCAUUUUUAAAUUAUUUGAGUGACAACUGCUUGUCUUCCCUCUUCUAAAACAUAGCCAAUUAGCAUCCAGUUUCAUUCUGGAUUUAGUAAUCAUGGUGCAAGAACGUUGUUGGGGUAGACCAAUCAGAAAGCAUUAACUUUAUUUUCUAAACUUUUCAUGUGCCAAGUAAUCAUUCUAAAAUAGAAAUUUUUUUUUGAUCUACAACAUUUUCUAAUAGAUUGAAGUCACAGUUUUGCCAGCCUCAUAUCGGAAGUAUAUUUCAUUAUCGAUUUUUAGCUCUAAAGCAGUUUGCAAGAACUACCUAACAUUCAAGAACCACCACGUUCAAAGUAGAUUAUUUUCUAAUUAAACAAGUCUGUUUAAAACCUGGCGUAUUAUAAAGGUACAAGCACUUUAGUACUUUUAUCAGUGAUUUUAUGUUCUACUUUUUCCUUCAACAUUCUGAUAUUUAACAUGCUGGGUUUUUAGGGGCUAUAUCCUAAGGUCAACUAUACAGUGUCUAAUAACAUUAACAGACGAUGUUGCAGGUUGAUGUACUAGGCAUCCGUUUGAAAUAUAUGCCUUUCUAAAUCAGUGCUAUUUGACAGGUUAUGUGCUGGGUAACCUAACCCUGAAAUAGCAGAACACAGACAUUGUAGUGGUCCAAAAUCUAUUUGAUGUACUUUUCAAGAUGAAAUAUAUAGUAGUGGUAGUAUAAGAACAGUCUUAAGACAUUUUUGCUAACUUGCACUAUUUUGGUCCUGUAUCCAGGCUCCAUUGUAAAUAAGACAAAUCAGUAAUUAUUUCCACUACAGGCUCACAAUGCACAUUUCCCUGCCGGCUUUAAUUAUUCAUGCUGUAUCUAUUUCAGUUUAUUUAAAUGCACUUCCAUCUACUGCAUGUACUUGGUUAUUUAAAGAAAUGUGCCGAAUUGGUAAAAAUGACUGCAGAUUACAGGAUUAAUGGUCAUUUUCUCCACAAUGCAGUGUUCAUAUUUUGUUGUAACAGUAGCCACCGGCAUGUGUUCCUAGAAAUAUGAGGCUAAAAUACUCGUUUUCUACAGUAGAAUUGCAGUGAGGGAAAGGUAGAAUUGAGCCAGUACAGGCAAGUUCUAGGCCGUUUGCUCCCAAACACCACUUCGUGGGCUACUACAGCUUUUCUGACAGUCUCUUUAGGCAGCUCUGCUUAUCUUAAUGGCAGCGAGUUGCUGUACUGAUCCUUGGGGUAUCACUGCUGCCUGCCUCCCACAUGCUCGCUCCUGUGCAAGGUUUGGUGCUCUGCAAGGAGCUAGCAAGGCUUGGCAAUAAGGCCUGUGGUGCAUCUCUGAUGAGAGCAUCGGUGAAGGAUGUCUGGCACUCGCCCCUGGCAGUGACAGCACCGUGCUCCUAUAGCAAAGAAAUGAAAGGAGAAUGAAGGGGAUGAUGAACCUCGGGUUACUCCGAGCUGCUUCAUUCAGGCCCAGUCUUAAUCACAAAUUAGAUGAUAUCCUUUUUGUGUAUACCAGCUGAAUUUUAAAAGCUGCUUGGGGGAUUCUGAAGGAGGGAAGCAGCGUUACUGGACAAGAAAAUGACUGCUGUGGAAAGGCCCUGCUUGGUCUGUCCUGCUGUCAGUGAAGUAUCACAGUUCUUUUGAAUAUGUCCAUCUGCUGUUGAAUGUCCCUCUUGUGCUACUCCCUGAGCCUGCCAAGGCACAGGUUUGUGCUUAAAGACCCAAAAAUAUAUUCAGUGCCCUGACCCAAGUAUAGCAGGUGGGGAAACUGGUUUUCUUGUUCUGCUGGCCGAGUAGUCUGCUUCUUUGAGAGGGCAAGGAAAAGGAGGGGAAAGAAGAGAAAAAUGUACAAGGAGCAGCAGGAAAACUGUGGAAAAACUUGAAGAAAUUACUAUCACAUAGAUCUUGGGUUUUGGGGUUGGUUUAUGGUGUUUUUUAUUUUUGUUGGUUUCUUUUUUGAAGGUUUGGCAUUUAUAAAGAAACAGUUCUCUGAUUUCAGUCCAAUUACUUCUCUUCUCUUUUCCAGUUUGAGUGAAACUUUAAUUGCCUUUUCUAAUAAGUGCUAACUGACCUUUUGAAACAGCAAAAAAUACAUGUAUAUCUCUUGAAAGGUGCCUUUGUGUACCCAGUUGAGAACACUGCGUGGGAGCAUUCUGUUCUUUGGUUCUUUGUGGGUGCCAAUAUUUAACUGCUUUAGGAUUCCUUAUGAUCCAUUUUGCCCAUUAACAAUUCUAAUUCUGAUGGUGACUUUUAACUUGAAUCUAUAUUUUGGUAGUAGCUCUUUUUAAAAGGACGUUGUCAGGGUUGUGGGCUCUACACUCAAGGUGCUGUCCAUCAGUCAGAGCUAGAUGGGAGGCAUACCUUUAUGAAGCAAAGAUUUCUAGAAUUAAGAUGGUUGAAAUGUCUGAUGGGUGAAGACCUGCAUGUUUUAACUGUCUGUGAGAUGUGGACAAAGAAACAAAAGCUAUUAAUUUGGUAGACCCUGUGAAAAAUCAUUUUUUAUAAUGCUGGCUCUUGCUCUAGUUAUUAGCAGUACAUUAGGAAUAGUGUUUAGCAGUCAGCGCAAGCAAAGAUAUUUUGCCAUGAGGCACUACAAAGUUGAAGUUAUUAAAACAUUUAUAGCCUUGGAAAAAAAAAAAUCAAUGAUUGUCAAAUAGGAAAGGACAAAAUCAGUAGUUGGGACUGGGAGGGGAAUUGUUUUCCAUCUGCUAAAACAGUAGAGGAAAUGCAAAAAUUAAACUAGCAAAAGCAAUCACUUGACAGUGUCCUUUUAAGUUUAAACUCCUAUAUUAGGAAGCUGCCACUGGAGAGUUAAUCCAGCCAUAGUUUGUUUGUCCAGAGUGUUCCCAGUUAAUAUGCUUCAGCUACACAUCAGGCUGUGUUUUACAUAAGGCUUUGUGGAGUAACAUGACUUCUGCUAAGGCUCCCACCCAUGCCUUUACUUUGUGUUCUUCCUGAAUGGCUCACACACACACACUUGCCAUGUGUAGCCAUUGCUUUUGUGCACCUUGCACGCUGUGGACCUAUAGCAAUCCAAUCACGCCCUUUCCACUUCUAGCCUCUCCAGUCUUGCUGUUGAAUCCCAUCUUGAGCAUAUGUUUAUAUAUGUAUGUGAAGUCUUAAUCUAAUAAAUUAUCUGGGGGUUUCAUUUCUUCUUCUAGACUUUUAUUUGAUUUGUCUUCUGGUUUGUUUUGUCCAGCUCAGAUGUCAAUUCUGCCAUUGACAAUAUGUUCCACUUUCUACAUCAUCAUCUCAUAUAUAUUGUGAAUCUCCAGUUUGCUAAGACAGAUGAACGUGUUUUAAGCCUUCUCUUCCUCUCCAGGACAUGGAUUUUGCUGUGAGAAGGAACAAGACCUCUUCUGGAGCCUGAAGUGGGGGAGAGGUCUCAGAAUACAAAAGAGGAGAGAAAGCAAGAGCUAGCACCAUGCUUUGGGACAAAAAGGUGGAAUUAAAGACUGAGGAAGAAAGAGUGGAGGUAAAGGCAAGAAAGGACAAGGAUGCAAGGCAGAGAACUGUACCAAAGGAUGACAGAAAGUAUAGGUUGAGUGGAGAUGAGCCAGACAGUAGAGACAAGUUUUUAUGGUAAGUUGAUGAAGGAGAAUUUUGUGCUUAUAUCCUGGAGUGAGAAAUGUCUUCAAGCACCGGUUCCCAUAAGAGGUUUGUGUCUCCCCACUCCUUUUCCAGAUCAUGUUCCUGCAUUUGGGGAGCUACUGUCCAAAGGAUACCUGGCAAAUGAGGGAAAGAAGGAAAUGACCUAACUUCAGCUGCUUCCCUUUACAGUAGCUGGACAGGGAGGCCAGAGCACAAGGAGGGUAAUAGGGUGGAACCCAGGUAUAACUCUGGCAUGGACUGAAUUUAAUUGCUAGCAAGGGAUGGUGGUGUGGACUUAGAUGACAGAAGAAUGUGAGACUGGAUAUAGAAAGAAUAUGAAUAAGGGAGAAACAAGCAAAACAAAAUUUGCAGUGAUCCAAUGAGCUGUGGAGGUUUGGUGUUAAGAAAGGAGUGGAAAGGGCUUAGCUGUGCUUGAGAGACAUUGAGCCUGAGAUAUCUAAAAGAUAUCCCUUGAAAGCGCACAUGAGCCCUGGGGUUAAACUCUAAAAGUUGCAGCAGAGAUUUUCUGAAAUACGACCUCCAGGCGGUGUUUGAAUUUGUACCAUCUGAGGGGGAGAGAGCACAGCCUCAUUAGUUAGAAACCUCCUUUUUCACUGUUACUAAAUUUAUGAAAUUGUGUGCUAAUUAGUGUAUGAUUUAUAAAUUUACAUAACUGCAUGCUACAUAAGACAACACAGAAUAUUGAAUGAGGUGAUUUAAACCAGCAGAAGCAGAGAAGUCUGCUCUGACUGGGUGGCUCUCCUCUGAAAAAUGCCCCUCCCGAUCCAUAGCUGCUCCCUGCAUCUCUUGAAGGCUUAUCUGCUCACAACAACAAUAAACCUUUUAUAGUAUUGUGGCUCCAUGUAGCUGUGAGAGAACAGGCUACCUUGAGCAUCUUUGGCAUGGUUGUAGCAAAGCUUUCACCGUGAUGCUUGGGCAGAGUGUUUGGAAGCAGAAGUCAGCUAAAAACGAUCAAGAAACCCAACUUGGCCUGGUCAGUGUUGGUGCUUGACAACUCCCACAGUUGUUUACAGGGGAUGCUACUGCAUCCCAACAAGAUCCCUGCAAAAGGAUGGGGCUGUGGUGGAACUGGAUUUGAUUCCCUGCUCUGCAGCAUGCUUUGGGUUCUGCUGGUGAAGUGUGUUUACUACCACAUCUCUGAGGGGCUGUGACUUACAUUAGUGCCCACAGCAGAAGGCACUGGACAUAUCCACCAACAAUUUGUCUGUGAUCUGUAAGCUGUUAGAGCAGAAGCAUAUUGGCCAGUCAUUCCCAUCUAACAGGAUCCGAAGCUCUCGGACUUCAUAUAAUUUGAGGCUUGAAGGGGUCAUUUCAGGCACUGGGGAACUAAACUGGAGAAACUCAGUUGUCACCGACAGGUGAGGCCCUGACAUACGUGAGGUGAGAGAUGCCCAGACAGUCCCAGCAGACAAACCAAUCCACAAGCUACAGCAAGAGCCAUAAAUUUCUAGUUUCCUUAAUUCAGGAGUCAUUCUGAGUAUGUGGAAAAAACCACUUUAUUCACUCAUAGCAUUCAAUAACCAGUCUUAGGGUGUAAGUUCAUUCCUUCUGGUCUCCUGUCUGCAGACAGGAGGAAAGUGAAAAAUUGGAAAAAGUUAUUUUUCCUAGUUGCUUACUGGCAACUGCCUUAAAAUCUGGAAGUGUGGGUUUGAUUAAAGCCAUUGUCCAAACACAGUGUCGAUGUUGUGAGCAUUAAGGACAAUGUGAGAACUCCUCCCCUCUGCUAAACCUUGUAAGGAUGGAAAGGACAAGAUGAAUUCACAGACACAAUAGCUGUUUCUUUCUCAGGCUAGAGCUGACUGCGAGGACAUUGCAUUGAGAUUUUGAAAGCACCUUGUCAGAAUCUUCCAGUAUUUAAUUAUCCUUGCUGCUAUGAAACUGCCUUAUUUUGAGUUUGAGUUUGUCUAAUUUCCAGCUGCUGGACUUAGCUGUGCCUUCAGAAGCAGGAUUGCAAGGUUCCCCUGUUGUCAGACAGUAAGUACCCCAUACACAGUGAUAAACUCCUGGUUCAGCCUUCUCUUUGGCAAGAUGGGGUCCUUUAUGCCUUGUGUCCUGAUGUCUGUUUUCCAGCCCCUGGAUGAUCUGUGGGGCCUGUUUCUGAACUUUCUCCAGCACUUAAGCAUCUUGAAGGGUUUACACUAGAGCAGAAUGCCCAAUUCCAAGUGCUGGUGCUGUCAGUGUUGACAGCGUGGCCUCAUUCUACACAAUAUUUCCCUUUUGACACUUUCAGGAGGCUUGUUUGGAGUUGUUGGGCUGGGUACUUGGUCUCGUUGCACUUCACAUCAUGGCUCUGUUUCUUGGAAGCAGAAAGUCUGUGAGUGAAACCGGGAGACCCUGCUAGAAUUUAGAAGAGUUGAGGAGGAAGAAAUAAUGUGAAUUAGAAAUACCAAGCAGGGAAAAAAAAGAUUGCAGAAUUCAAUUUGGGAUAGAGCAUGAACCUCGGGGUGCAGUAUCUGUGAACUCAGCCACCUUGAAAACAAUCUGAAAGACACAUGCUUGAUGGGAUGGGGGAGACCCAGACAGCAGAAAUCCUCAAAAGGGGAAGAGUGAACAAAGCACGAGGCGAUGAUAUCUGAUAGCAACAGAAACAGACGAGAAGACUUUUGAGCUGCAGGUGAGGAGGCGAUGACAUCUCCAAAUUGCAGUGGAAAUGGCUCCUUGUCAGUAGGUCUGGUGCCCCUCUAUUUGCACUAGUGCCUUCAGCACAGGGAUCUCAUUACCAGAGAGUUUACUGGCAGAUUGGAGGGAUUUCAGUGAGGAGUAAUAAAAAUGAUCAGGGACUGCUAGAAUUGACAUAAUGAGGAAACAAGAUGAGAAGAGUCAGAUAUUUAUAGCUUGGGUGAGAGAGACAAUUAAAAGGUGGGAUGGGAGAUGGACUGGGUGACCUGAAAGCCUUGUCUGUUUCUAAUAACUUCUCGUCACCUGCUGUACAGAGGACUUGAAUUUACCAAGGCUGUCAGUCUGACUCUUAACAGACGUAACUUCCCAUGUUGAAAAGCUCAGGUGGGUGUACUCUGGCUGUAUUGACACUGUCAGAAUGUCACUGGUACUGUACUUUGUUUAAAAAAAUAGUCAUCAGCCACGUUGUGGAAAAAAACUGACAUACUGACAGUAAAGGGAGAAAAAAUAGACCUUCAUAAAAUAAAAAGCCAUUGAAGACCUUGCUGAGAGCAGGGCUGAUUGGGAAGGGCUCCCAGGUUGUUCAAACGGUGGUGCUGAGCCCUUCUUGCUGCCCGCACGGUGGCCUGCCGAGUGGGAAGGUCCAUGCAGAGGGAGCAAGUGUGAGCCGCCUUCUCUGCAAGGCGGGUGCUGGUGGCACCCAGCUGUGCAUGCAGCUGGGCAAAAUCGCUGCUUUCCAGUACGCGCUGGUGUGCAUAGGCUGUUGUCCCCGAGAGCUGCUGAGCUCCAUGGAUGGCUCUUGGGGCAAGCUCUGUGUCAGCCAAAACCCUGCCGGUCCCACUGAUGGCUACGGCCAUGCGUGGGGGUUUCACUUCCCUUCCUACUGCCCCUACAGUACAGUGGGAUCCAGCCCUGGGGGACAGGCAGGCUCUCCCCUUGACAUGACCCACCUCGCUGCCUCACCCACAGGGAUUCCUGCACCUGCGUGUGGGUGGCUGUUUGUGCAUGGUUUUUUCUUGCAUGUAGUUCGCCUAUAGUUUUGCACAAACCCGGUAAAUAAAUAUUUUUACACAUAUGCUACCAAACAUGAGCAGCCAUUGCAUUCUGGUUUUCCUGAGUUGGAGACCCCUGAGAAGAGGGAAGGUGGCCCGUCUGAAUACACGGCAGCCUUAUGAUGAGGGUUAUUUAAAACCUUGACUGAGACCACGGCUGUCUCACAUGCUCCCCAGUGCUGCAGAGAGGAGAGCCCCAGGUUUGCUCUGAACUUGAGAGACCACAGCAGAGUUGGAGGCAGCCAAGCUAGAGACAUCUCGGUUCCUGGGUUUGCAGUCAAAUUAAAACGCUGCUACCAAAAGCAACGGGGCGGUGCGUGUUAGAGGCGCUUUGGGGAAAUAUCAGAGCGGUGUUUGUUGAGUCUGAUGGCAGAGUAGCCGCUCUGUUUUAAUGAUACCUGUGUGCAAAGGCCACAGCCGUUUUCAUCCAUUUCACAUUAGUCUGACUUUCACAGAACAGACAUAGCCUAGGGUGGUGGGAGGGAGAGAAAGGUGACAAAAAAAAAAAAGCCAUCCAUUUUUCACUACUUUUUCCAUACUUCUGAGCUGCGAUACCAGGCUCUGGCUGAGCAACAGUAAUCUUAUCCAGCAUACUGUUGAUUUAAGCGUCUUGGAUUUACAUAACUUUGGAAAUGGUAAACUAUAUUAAUUUGCUGUGUUUUCAAGGGAAAGUUAUUUAUUGAGAGACAUUUUUAACUCAAGUGCCAGGAGCCUUAAAUCAUUAUAAUAGAUUCAUGCUAUUCAGGGUUUCUUACAUUGUAAUAAAUUUGUUUUAAACAUGAA